UUUCUUUCUACACUUUACUUCAUAUUGCCAGGACUGGUUUUGCGAGGCAUCUGGCACCUUCCUACAGCUUCAGGUCGACAUUUGUGAGCUCAUACCGACACCUUUUCGCAUCAACGGGCAACAGGCUCGGUUAUCUCGGAAUCAUGGCGCUCAACCUCGAGAAACAGCUACUUUUCUAUGGAUCCUAUCACCAUGAUCCGGUCAACGUGGGGAUACAUAUCGUCUUCGUGCCUAUCUUGCUCCUGACAGGGUUCCUGUUUGGCACAAAUACACCAGCUCUGCCAUUCCCCGACUGGUUGACGAUACCCAACUUGCCACCGAACCUAGGGACGAUUGCCUGUCUUCUAUACUUAUCGUUAUACAUUUUAAUGGAGCCUGUCGCAGGCGCCAUGCUUGCACCCCUGUUACUUGCCGGAACGGCAUAUGCGAACCACUUGACUUCAACAUACGGGAUGCAAGCCAACUACAUCGCCAUCGGAGUUCAUAUCGCGUCAUGGCUGGUUCAGUUUGUCGGUCAUGGCGUGUUUGAGGGUCGAGCUCCGGCACUUCUUGACAACUUAGUGCAGGCGAUCUUCCUGGCGCCGUUCUUUGUCUGGCUGGAAAUUCUCUUCGCAUUUGGCUACCGCCCGGAACUCAAGUCACGCCUCGAUUCUGCUAUUGAGAAGGAACUCAAGAAGCUCAAAGCACAAAAGGAAGCCAAACAAGCAGGCACGACGAACGGCCAUGCCAAGUGAUUGUAUCGCAUACUCGGAUCAGAUUGUACGAAUGUACCAGCAUGAUUGUAAUCAAUUUUGAGCGAACGGGGGACCCUGCAUGAGAU